AUGGCCAGUCAGCCCACUAUCCGUCUUGCGACGCCUGAGGCCGGAACCUCGCAAUUUGCUCCUGCUGACUCCGAUGGCUCCCAUGCAGACGUCCCGUUCAUCCUCCAGUUCAUCCGCGAACUCGCCGACUACGAAAAAGCCCUUCACGAAGUUGAAGCCACCGAAGAAUCUCUCCUCGCCACCCUCUCGUUUCCCAAUGACACACCCAAGCGCGGCUCCGUCUACACGGCGCUCGUGAUCCCCCCACCCUCCGCCGAGAACCCCUCCCCCGUCCCCGUCGGUAUGGCUCUCUAUUUCUACAACUACUCCACCUGGCGCUCGGCACCGGGCAUCUACCUGGAGGACCUGUACGUCCAGCCCGCUGCGCGGGGUAACGGCUACGGUCUCAAGCUGCUCAAAUUCUUGGCUAGGCAGGUGUUGGAGAUCAACGGUCGUCGAUUGGAGUGGAGCGUACUCACGUGGAACACCCCGAGCAUUGAAUUUUACAAGCAGGUUGGGGCAAAGGCGAUGGAUGAGUGGUUGAAGAUGAUGGUUGACGGACCCGCGUUGGAAAAAUUGGCGGAGGGCGCUUGA